AUGUCCGCCCAGAACUCCGCGGGCAUUCAGACGCUGCUCGACGCCGAGCGUGAGGCCCAGAAGAUCGUCCAGAAAGACCGCACCAAGCGCGUGAAGGACGCCCGCAGCGAGGCCCAGAAGGAGAUCGACGAGUACAAGAGCAAGAAGGAAGAGGAGUUCAAGGCCUUUGAGACGGAGCACUCCAGCGGCAACAAGAAGGCCGAGGAGGAGGCAGACAAGGCGACGGAGGUCAAGCUGCAGGAGAUCAAGGAUAUCGGCGGCAAGGGCGGCAGCUCGGUCGUCGACCAGCUGCUCGAGGCCGUCACCAAUGUCAACGCAGAGCCCGCGGCGUAG